AUGACUCAACAACGUUUAGCUGACAAUUUAGAAGAAACUCAAACCCCAGUUCAGAAAAGCCAAAAAGUACCAAAGACCAUUACCAAAGCCACAGACCUUACCCAUAACACCAUUAUCAAGGCCCAGACCUACCCAAAACACCAUUAUCAAGGCCACAGACUUACCCAAACACCAUUAUCAAGGCCACAGACCUACCCAAAAACACAUUAUCAAAGCCACAGACCUACCCAAACACCAUUAUCAAGGCCACAGACCUACCCAAACACCAUUUACAAGGCCACAGGACCUACCCAAACACCAUUAUCAAGCCACAGACUACCCAAACACCAAAGGCCCAGACCUACCAAAACCACCAUUAUCAAGGCCACAGACCUACCCAAACACCAUGAUCAAGGCCACAGACCUACCCAAACCACAAUUAUCAAGGCCACAAGGACUACACAAACCACCCAAGCCCACAGACCUACCCAAAUACCAUUAUCAAAGCCACAGACCUACCCAAAACACCAUUAUCAAAGCCACAGACUUACCCAAAUACCAUUAUCAAGGCCACAGACCUACCCAAACACCAUUAUCAAGGGCACAGACCUACAAAAACACCAUUAUCAAGGCCACAGACCUACCCAAACACCAUUAUCAAGGGACACAGACCUACCCAAAAACCAUUAUCAAGGCCCACAGACUACCCAAACACCAUUAUCAAGGCCACAGACCUACCCCAAAAACACAGUAGCAACGGGCAACAGACUUACCCAAAUACCAUUAUCAAGGCCACAGACCUACCCAAACCCCAUUAUCACAAAGCCACAGACUUACCCACAAUACCAUUUAUCAAGGCCACAGACCUUACAAAACACCAUUAUCAAAGCAAACAGACAUACCACAAAUACCAUUAUCAAAGCCCACAGACCUACCCAAACACCAUUAUCAAGGACACCCAGACCUACCCAAAUACCAUUAUCAAAGCCACAGACCUACCCAAACACCAUUAUCAAGGCCAAACACCAUUAUCAAGGCCACAGACCUACCCAAAACACCAUUAUCAAGGCCACAGACCUACCCAAACACCAUUAUCAAGGCCACAGACCUACCCAAACACCAUUAUCAAGGCCACAGACCUACCCAAACACCAUUAUCAAGGCCACAGACCUACCCAAACACCAUUAUCAAGGCCACAGACCUACCCAAACACCAUUAUCAAGGCCACAGACCUACCCAAACACCAUUAUCAAGGCCACAGACCUACCCAAACACCAUUAUCAAGGCCACAGACCUACCCAAACACCAUUAUCAAGGCCACAGACCUACCCAAACACCAUUAUCAAGGCCACAGACCUACCCAAACACCAUUAUCAAGGCCACAGACCUACCCAAACACCAUUAUCAAGGCCACAGACCUACCCAAACACCAUUAUCAAGGCCACAGACCUACCCAAACACCAUUAUCAAGGCCACAGACCAUUAUCAAGGCCACAGACCUACCCAAACACCAUUAUCAAAGCCACAGACCUACCCAAAUACCAUUAUCAAGGCCACAGACCUACCCAAACACCAUUAUCAAGGGCACAGACCUACCCAAACACCAUUAUCAAGGCCACAGACCUACCCAAACACCAUUAUCAAGGCCACAGACCUACCCAAACACCAUUAUCAAGGCCACAGACCUACCCAAACACCAUUAUCAAGGCCACAGACCUACCCAAACACCAUUAUCAAAGCCACAGACCUACCCAAAUACCAUUAUCAAGGCCACAGACCUACCCAAACACCAUUAUCAAAGCCACAGACCUACCCAAAUACCAUUAUCAAGGCCACAGACCUACCCAAACACCAUUAUCAAAGCCACAGACCUACCCAAACACCAUUAUCAAGGCCACAGACCUACCCAAACACCAUUAUCAAGGCCACAGACCUACCCAAACACCAUUAUCAAGGCCACAGACCUUACCCAAACACCAUUAUCAAGGCCACAGACCUCAAACCCAAACACCAUUAUCAAGGCCACAGACCUACCCAAACACCAUUAUCAAGGCCACAGACCUACCCAAACACCAUUAUCAAGGCCACAGACCUACCCAAACACCAUUAUCAAGGGGCCACAGACCUACCCAAACACCAUUAUCAAGGCCACAGACCUACCCAAACACCAUUAUCAAGGCCACAGACCUAGCCCAAACACCAUUAUCAAGGCCACAGACCUACCCAAACACCAUUAUCAAGGCCACAGACCUACCCAACCCAAACACCAUUAUCAAGGCCACAGACCUACCCAAACACCAUUAUCAAGGCCACAGACCUACCCAAACACCAUUAUCAAGGCCACAGACCUACCCAAACACCAUUAUCAAGGCCACAGACCUACCCAAACACCAUUAUCAAGGCCACAGACCUACCCAAACACCAUUAUCAAGGCCACAGACCUACCCAAACACCAUUAUCAAGGCCACAGACCUACCCAAACACCAUUAUCAAGGCCACAGACCUACCCAAACACCAUUAUCAAGGCCACAGACCUACCCAAACACCAUUAUCAAGGCCACAGACCUACCCAAACACCAUUAUCAAGGCCACAGACCUACCCAAACACCAUUAUCAAGGCCACAGACCUACCCAAACACCAUUAUCAAGGCCACAGACCUACCCAAACACCAUUAUCAAGGCCACAGACCUACCCAAACACCAUUAUCAAGGCCACAGACCUACCCAAACACCAUUAUCAAGGCCACAGACCUACCCAAACACCAUUAUCAAGGCCACAGACCUACCCAAACACCAUUAUCAAGGCCACAGACCUACCCAAACACCAUUAUCAAGGCCAGACCUACCCAAACACCAUUAUCAAGGCCACAGACCUACCCAAACACCAUUAUCAAGGCCACAGACCUACCCAAACACCAUUAUCAAGGCCACAGACCUACCCAAACACCAUUAUCAAGGCCACAGACCUACCCAAACACCAUUAUCAAGGCCACAGACCUACCCAAACACCAUUAUCAAGGCCACAGACCUACCCAACCUACACCAUUAUCAAGGCCACAGACCUACCCAAACACCAUUAUCAAGGCCACAGACCUACCCAAACACCAUUAUCAAGGCCACAGACCUACCCAAACACCAUUAUCAAGGCCACAGACCUACCCAAACACCAUUAUCAAGGCCACAGACCUACCCAAGCACCAUUAUCAAGGCCACAGACCUACCCAAACACCAUUAUCAAGGCCACAGACCUACCCAAACACCAUUAUCAAGGCCACAGACCUACCCAAACACCAUUAUCAAGGCCACAGACCUACCCAAACACCAUUAUCAAGGCCACAGACCUACCCAAACACCAUUAUCAAGGCCACAGACCUACCCAAACACCAUUAUCAAGGCCACAGACCUACCCAAACACCAUUAUCAAGGCCACAGACCUACCCAAACACCAUUAUCAAGGCCACAGACCUACCCAAACACCAUUAUCAAGGCCACAGACCUACCCAAACACCAUUAUCAAGGCCACAGACCUACCCAAACACCAUUAUCAAGGCCACAGACCUACCCAAACACCAUUAUCAAGGCCACAGACCUACCCAAACACCAUUAUCAAGGCCACAGACCUACCCAAACACCAUUAUCAAGGCCACAGACCUACCCAAACACCAUUAUCAAGGCCACAGACCUACCCAAACACCAUUAUCAAGGCCACAGACCUACCCAAACACCAUUAUCAAGGCCACAGACCUACCCAAACACCAUUAUCAAGGCCACAGACCUACAGACCUAAACACCAUUAUCAAGGCCACAGACCUACCCAAAACCAUUAUCAAGUGGCAGCUACAGCAGCACCUUCUCCCAGUACAGCAGCAGGAACAGCAGCAGUAUACGUGGCAGCAGAGUAGCAGCAGCUACAGCAGCACCUUCUCCCAGUACAGCAGCAGGAACAGCAGCAGUAUACGUGGCAGCAGAGUAGCAGCAGCUACAGCAGCACCUUCUCCCAGUACAGCAGCAGGAACAGCAGCAGUAUACGUGGCAGCAGAGUAG